AUGGAUGAACACAAUGAGCUGUAUACGAUGGAAGAAGAGUUCGAGGACAGUGGACGCUACUACGGCAACAUGGACGAACUGGGGUCACAACAACCACUCAAGCACGUUUUGUACCCGCCACGGCUUAUGGUAGACUUUAAAAGCUUAGGCAUGGAAGCUCUGAAGCGCUACGGCAAGUUCUAUCACCUUAAGCUAAAUGAAGAAUUGGAGAAGGAAGAGCUGGCGGCUCAAGUGGCACGCCAUUUUGAUAUGUCGCUGGAGGUGGAGGAGGACGAUUCCAUCGUCGCCUUCAUGCAGCGUCUGCGCAAUGGCGAACGGACGGCAGUGAAGCGAUCAACUGUGCGUGAGAAGGAGCGUAAAUUCCAAUCAGUGGUAGAGAAAACCAAGCGAAAGUCCACUAGUCGCAAACGCCAGCGCGAUCACUCGGUAUCUGUUUCAUCGGGGCGCAACGCCAGCAAUAGCUCGACUCACAACACGAGCAAUGGCAAUGCCGGUACUUCGUUGAACCACGGUAACGGUAACAACCAUAUGAGUGGAGCAAGCAAUGGACACAACAGCCGCAAUCACGGCAACGGAGGGCGCAAGGCACCUCCAAGUAGCUUGAAACCCUCGAACGCGUCGGGCAGCAAGAAUAAGAAGACCAAGAAAGACGCAGACACGGGCGAAGAUAAUGAACUGUACUGCAUCUGCAACCUCCCUAGCUACGGUAAUAUGAUCGCCUGCGACGGCAAGACGUGUCCAAAUCCGUCGCAGUGGUACCAUCUCGAGUGCGUUGGCCUUGCCGACGGUCGCCACCCGGACACGUGGCUGUGCCCCCGAGUGCAACCCCAAGGGCUUUUCAGGUGGCUCUUCUAA